AAAUGUGAUACCCAGUUUUUUGUUACCUUUUGCGAAAUGACUCGAGACUGGCGAAGUUUCUCUUGAUCGUCCAACGCAGCUACUCGUUUCUUUAUUUCUCUCCUCAUAGCUUGUUUGGCUGCACGCAAGGCGGCCAUGCUGGCUAAUGUAAAACUCGUGUCCAAAGAUAAAAAUGUUGCAAUGUGUGUGAGUUCAGGGAAGGCAGCAAGUUAGGCUGGCCUUGAAAUGAGAAAAUUCUACAUUUGGAUUGGACUCAGCUAGCAACGCCAAUCAAUCAUUAAACAGACUGCAAUAACAUCAUUAGCAUCUAUCUAUAUGGCUAUCACACUACCCCACUGGCAUUAUUUGACAGCCCAGUGACGUGUGAAGGAUUGUCUGUGACGUCACCGCCAGUUUAACAGUCGGAGUUGAAGUGUAAAAAGUAACAAAUAGACAGUGUCUGGUCGGGGGUUGGGGAGAGGCGAGAAAAGACAGACCCAACAACACCGCGUAGAGUUAGCGAGCCUACAAUCGUGGUCGUUCGUUUUUCAUACCUAGCUAGUCUUUUCCGAAGUCCAAGAAAGUUAUCGUGGGCUAGCUUACUUACGAGUAGAAACGUAACGUUAAACAGAAGGUAAGGCAACGUCAGUUCAAACAAGCUAGCUACUGAUAGGUCUGUGUAGCUAGCUGGCUAGCCAGUAGAUAUCGCAAUAACUUUUAACGAUGCUUUGGAUCUUUAUUUAGUUACAGCAUCUAAUGUUCUGGUACAGCUAAGUUAUCUAACUAACGUUAGUGUGACUAUAUAUACACGAUAUACUAUCCUGCCAGUGCUACUACGUUAGCUAGCUAGUUAGUUAACGACGUUAGCUACUGUAACUGUAUCAUAGUGUAUGACCUCGGUCCUUGAAAACUAGGUUAGUGUCCACUUAAGGACGGCUAGCCUGCACAAAACUUUAACACUUGAUGUUAGCUAACGUUAGCUAGAUAGUUUUUGUUUUUAAUGUUACAUUCCCUGUAUUAAAGUUGGAUUUGAACUAUAAUAGGUCAGUAGAUGCAUAGGCAGUUAACUACAUCAUAAUCAUGUUGAUGUCAACAACUUCUUGGACGUACAGUAGAUAACGUUUGCUUAACGUUAUAAUGAUAAAUGACAGCUAAUUAAGAGGUAACGUUAGCGACAUUUACGUUAUGGCUGGUUACAAUACUUUGUCGGUGACAAUUUGUUAUUAUACUUGUUUUCUGUCACUGUUGUAUUCGGGGUGUAUACUUUCACAUACCCUGUCCAACCAGCUGUGUUUUUAAAAGGCUGUAAAUGAUUGACGUUUAAUUUGUGCAAGACGAUAAUAUAUGGGCGUGGUUUACUAAACAAACAGCCAAUGACAAUGGAUUAUGUGUAGUCAGUUGAGUACGUUACGUUGUGGGAUCAUUCUGCGUAUGAUGUCGGAUGUCAUCUGCUGGUGUAGAGACGAAGAAAGAGAGGAGUAGGAGAGAGGGGGAAAUUGGAGGGACAUGGCCCAGGAGACCAACCAGAACCAAGGGCCGCUGCUCUGCACCACUGGCUGCGGUUUCUACAGCAACCCGCGAAACAAUGGCAUGUGUUCCAUGUGCUACAAGGACUUCCUCCAGAGACAAAACAACAAUGGACGAGUCAGUCCACCAGUGUCGUCCUCGGUGGCGGUUAGCAGCCUGGGGGAGUCCCUCCUAGCCCAGUGCUCAGAGAGCAGUACUGUAGACGUGCCGUCAGCCACGACCCACACAGACACCAGGAUGAACAGGGUUGUAUCUAGCCAGUCACUCUUAACGACAGCACCAGCUACUCAUUCAGAAGAGGAGAGGACAGCCAAGUCUGAAGAAGACCUGAAAACAGAAGAGAUACAAGUGUCUGUAUCGGUAUCCGAGGACACGGACCAGGCCUCGGUAGACGGACAGGACAAACCCUCGGACUCAGACCAACCCAAAGCCGCCAAGAAGAAUCGCUGCUUCUCCUGCCGCAAGAAAGUCGGCCUCACGGGCUUCGACUGCCGAUGCGGCAACGUGUUCUGCAGCAUGCACCGGUACUCAGACGUUCACAACUGCACUUUCAACUACAAGGCCGACGCAGCGGAGAAGAUCAGGAAAGCAAACCCUGUCUGCGUCGGGGAGAAGAUACAGAAGAUCUGAAAAUAGGUUUGCUGUGAAUCGAUGUCCACCCGGAAGCCUGCGAUUUUAGAUGACCCAUCAACCACCACUUCCUUUCUCCGUUUCCUCUUUUGAUUUGAAGUUGUUUCUGUGAGCAACGCUCCAUUCCAUUGGACACUUUAAAAUCAUGCAUGUCAGCUGCAAAAACUGUCUUUGUAAAUGUAUUUUUACUUAACCUGUUUCCUUUUGUAGUUUUAAUUCUUUUAUCCCUUAAAUGUUGUGGUUUAUGAAAAAUCUGAAGAUUUAAACUGUUACAAUAUUUAGAUUGAUUAAUUGGGCUUUAAUUACUUUGUUGGCUACUACUGGAAAGGCUGUGUUUUUCUGGUGUUAAAAAAAACAUAGAAAAAACAAGCAUGUUAAAAAGCAUCAAGGAUCUUUCCAUUCCUCCUUUUGGACUGUAUGUAGCCUGACAAAGACGACGGAACAGAUUGUGUUUUACAUUAUCAGUGGGAGCAGAAACCAGGAUUGCGCCGUUGCUCCCAGACCUUUUUGUAUAAUUGAGUCAUUUUAAAGACUGUGUGAUCUGUUGUGUAAAAGAGUAUAUGAUUAUGAAUAGCCUGUAUGCAUGUUUCCGCUUGUGCGUUUGAGGAUUAUAAAGUUCAUUUAUGGGUGCACAGGAGUAUGACCUGAAUUUAUUGUUCUGUAUUUAUGUUAGUUUAUUCACUGUCUUAACUUUGAUCUGAAUAAAGCUCUAACACAUUUUAGAAAAUUGGAAA